AUGGCGGACUUGCGUCAACAAGAGAAUUUGAAGAGCCAGCUCAGCGCUCUCAGCACCUCGCUCGGGGGCAAUUUGCCUCUCGAUGACGCUAUUCGAGACGCUCUCCCUCAAGGAACAAAAGUAACCUUGGUCCAUAGCCAUGGCAUGUCAGCUUGGUCGUUCACAAUUAAAAUCGAAGCCGUCGACAAAGAAGGGAAACCUGUGGCGUAUUUUUCCAAAUAUGCCGCUGGUGACCUUGGAAGAUACCAGAUUGAGGGUGAAUACACAGCUAUGAAAGAGCUAUACAGAUUGGCUCCAGAGUUUGUAGCGAAGCCAAUCGCUUGGGGCGAGCUAAAGAGCAUCGUCCCCGCAAGUUAUUUCCUGUUGAUGGAUUCCAAAGAUUUUGUCGUGGGCCUCCCUAACCCAGCGAAACUGGGAAAAAGACUGGCAGAAAUGCACAAGAAGAGCGAGUCACCCACGGGAAUGUUUGGCUUCGGGAUUCAAACCUUCGAUGGGGCUCGAUUGCAGUCUGUGGCUUGGGAUCCCAGCUGGACAUCAUUUUUCUCAAAGCUACUUGCGGAGGCAUACCGGCAGGACACGGAGACGAACGGAGUUUGGCCGGAACUGGAGGUGGUGUUCGAACGCGUGCAGUCGCAUCUAAUUCCACGCCUUAUAGGUGCAUUGGAGGCCGAUGGCAACUCAGUCAAUCCCUGCCUGAUACACGGAGACUUGUGGGAGGGCAACAUAGGGACAGACGCGCACACUGGAGACCCAAUCAUCUUCGAUUGCGCGGCUUACUAUGCGCACAACGAAAUGGAGCUGGGCAUAUGGCGAGCCGAGAGGCAUGAACUCAGGGACAAGGUCUAUCGCCGUGAGUAUAUGCGCAACUUCGAGCCCAGCGAGCCGGAGGAAGAAUGGGACGAUAGAAACCGCCUCUACAGCGCCAAGACGAACUUCAUGUUCUCCGCGUGUUAUGCCGGUUCUCCUUCAAGACAACUGGCCCUCGAUGACUUUGUAUAUCUCAUACAAAAGUAUGUGCCAUGGGACGAAGGCUCUGAGGAAUGGAACAAGAUCCGCGGGCUUGUCAAACGGGAAUACAGCUUUUGA